AUGCGGCGGAAACCGGAAGUUAAGUUUCUGGUUGUCUACCUGGGCAACGCUCAGCGCUCGGUUUCGAGCAACGUCAACAUGAGCACCGCCAAGGUAAAUUCGAAAGGUCAGCCGAUGCCGACCAAGGUCAUCGGCGGCCAUCUGGUCGGCUUCGGUCAACCUGUCGUCCGGAAAUCAAUCCUUUUGCAAACCCGCUAUUCCCCAUAUGGUUGGAACACCGAUUGA